UGCUAUCUUUAUAACGAACAUCAAUUUCUUUUGUCUCUUAAUCAGGAUUUCUACCUGGCAAACAAAGGGAAGAAGGAAAGCAAAGAAAUGAAUGAUAAAAACAAAGAGGCUUUACUGGAGGAAAGCUUCUGUGGGACAUCUGUCAUUGUGCCAGAGCUUGAAGGGGCCCUUUAUUUAAAAGAAGAUGGAAAAAAGUCCUGGAAGAGGCGUUAUUUUCUUCUACGAGCUUCUGGAAUUUAUUAUGUACCCAAAGGAAAAACCAAGACAUCACGGGAUCUGGCAUGCUUCCUUCAGUUUGAGAAUAUGAAUGUCUAUUACGGUUCUCAACACAAAGUGAAAUAUAAGGCACCUACAGAUCACUGCUUUGUCUUAAAGCACCCCCAGAUUCAAAAGGAGUCACAAUACAUCAAGUACUUAUGCUGCGAUGAUCAAGCCACCCUGCAUCAGUGGGUAACAGGAAUUAGAAUUGCCAAGUAUGGCAAGAUGCUAUAUGAUAACUACAAAUGUGCAGUGAAGAAAGCUGGCUUGUCCUCUCGGUGGGCAAAUCAAGGAAUGGUGGAACCAGCUGCCCCUGCAGGAUCCUUAUCAGCAGGUGCUGUUCAGGCAAAUGGACAGAUUCCUCAAAUCGUCCGUCGUGCCAGUGCGGAAUUUCCAGAGACCCAGAAGAAAGUGGAUGUAUCAGAGGCUAAGUCAAAUAACAUUAGUGCGCCGGGCCUGGCGCAGUCAGCGAUGAGGCCACAGAAAUACCAGGCUAAGAGGAACUCACUGCAGCCUCCUCCUCCACCUGAAAGGCGGUCAUCUGCUGUUUCUGUUUCACCAAUUCUACCCUCCAAAGUCAAACGAGACAGCGGCGUUUUCCUAACAGAUCCGGACAGCUUUCCAGCACCACCACCUACACUGAAGAUUGAUUUUUCCCCACCGUCUGAUUUCUGUGAAUCUCCUCCUGAUUUUGUGCCUCCACCACCACCAGCCUCCAGCAGCGGUAAUGGAGACCUGCCAUUACCCCCUCCACCUCCACCUCCACCUGUCUCCAGUAAGCCACCACCUCCAACAAAGAAACCUGUGCCACUUCCUUCAAAAAGGGUAGAAAACACAGGACAAGCUGGAGAGCCACGAUCAGCUGGGCCACCUCCACUUGGGGGUGGAGGCAGGCAAGCAGAUUUCAUGUCCGACCUAAUGAAAGCUCUUGAGAAGAAAAGGGGCAGCAGCUCCUGA